UAUCAGUAUCAUCUUCUUCUUCUUUUUUCUCUUCUUCUUGUUCUUCUCUUUGGUUUGAUUUUAUCUUCAUGGAUUCAUCGGAUUUUCCCGCCAGCAAAUCUCCCCGGCGAGAGCUUCAGGGUCCUCGACCAGCGCCUUUAAAAGUUCGUAAAGACUCCUACAAGAUCAGGAAGCCACCAGUACCGCCGCAACAAAACCAACAACAACACCACCCACACCACCAAGCACCGCCGCGGCCUCCGGUGAUAAUCUACACUGUAUCACCCAAGGUGAUUCACACAAACCCUAGUGACUUUAUGACCCUAGUUCAACGGCUCACCGGCUCUUCUUCUUCUACUUCUUCUUCCGCCGUUGCCGCCAAUAUGUCGUCUUCUUCAUCGACAUACGAUCCGUUUAACGACACAAGCGGUGCAAUUUCUCCUGCUGCAAGAUACGCGAGCAUAGAAAUAGCCGCAAAGACCCCCGAUAAGAUGAAGAAGCAACAAGUUAUUGGCCACGAUCAUGAAGCUAAUAACAUUGGCGGUUUUGUAGAAGGGAUUGAGAUGGAUCAUAAUAUCGAAAGAUCAAGUUUUUUUCCAGGGAUUUUAUCUCCAGGACCCACUUCACUCCCCAUGAUAUCACCGAGCUUCUUUUCUCCGCCGUCUGAUCCAAACUCUUUCAGCAAUUUCUUCCAUGAUUUGAGUCCAGUGCUUCACGGCAACAAGAAUUUCAUGGAGGGUAGUUUCAUGCCAAGUCCUUCAAGCUUUCUUUCACCUCACAUAACGUCUCCAACUCCAUCGAUAGACCUCUUCAACAAUUUCUUUGACUUUUAGGUAGAUAGGAUUUUAAAAAAAAAAAAAAAACAUUUUCUUUUGCUUUUUUUUUUUUUAGGGUAAAGAUUAAAGAUUAAAGAGGACUGGUUUUGGUUUGUUGUUGUAUCUUCGAAAUCGAUGAUGAAAUGGAAGAUGAAGGAGAUAGAAAGGGACGAAAGUGGAAUUUUGGAGGAUAUGUUUUGGUGGAUUAGAUUUGAAGAAAGUGCAAGUUGGAGAAAUGUUAAUGGGUUUGUCUUUUCAUAUUUUAAUUUUGGUGGGUCAGAUGGAGUUUGGCCGCUCAAAUAUAAUUUUAUGUAAUGUUACCGUAACUCACCAGUCACCCCCUUGU